UUCUCACUCAGGUUACAGUAAGAUCAGACAAGUGAGCUUGCUGCGAAUAACUAAACCACAAGAAAAAAAGUGUAGCUACUUUAGUCUACUGAGUGACACCCACUCUGGCAAGUGUCUGGCUCGGUUGGAUCAUUUGGAACAGGGGUCCAAACAAAUAAGCGUGGAAAAGAGAGGAUGGCUGAUACACUGGAGGAGUUGAGGCAGCAGUGUCUGAGUAGAGGAGCAGCCGGGAUUAAAGGCUUGGCAAGAACCUUCCGCAUCAUGGAUGACGAUGGCAGCAAGUCUUUAAACCUGGAGGAGUUUCAGAAAGGUCUGGAGACCUAUGGUUUGUGUGUUGAAAAGGAAAAGGCCAAGGAGAUCUUCACUUUUGUGGACAAAGAUAAAAGCGGCACCAUCGACUUCAAUGAAUUUCUUGAGAAACUAAGACCCCCUAUGUCCAGUGUCAGAAAGCAGGUCAUCAAACAGGCCUUCCAGAAGCUGGACCGUACCGGUGAUGGAGUGAUAACUGUGCAAGACUUACAGGGAGUCUACAACAGCAAACAUCACCCCAAGUACAAGAGUGGCGAGUGGACAGAGGAACAAGUCUUCCGCUCUUUUCUCGACAGCUUCGACUCACCGUAUGAUAAAGACGGAAAGGUCACUUCGGACGAGUUUAUGGACUACUACAGUGGCGUCAGCGCCUCCAUCGACAGCGACGAUUACUUUGUUACCAUGAUGCAGAACGCAUGGAAGCUGUAAUCACCACGGCGCUCACCUCUUCAGCGGGGGUCUACAAAAUCUGUAAACGGUUCAACUCGCUUGAAAUAGUAUUAGAAGAAGUAAAUGAUGUUUUUUGGCCAAAACGUUUCAGUUCCUGGAAUUUCGAGUUCCUUACAAACUUAACUUUUCUAUGCUUUUUUAUGAACUUAGAUCCUAAUAACCCACAAAAAGACAUCUCCAUGAGUAGUAGAAAUCGUCCCUGGAUAGCACAUAAACUAGAUCACAUUGUACCAGUGUUAAAGAAUAAAUGACAUCUGUCACCCCCUGGUGGACAUACAAGUGUACUACCAUUCAACUGAUCUUGAGUCAUCUAUGACCCAUUUAGAAUUUGAGGUGUAAUCAGACCACUACUAACCAGGUCAAUUUUACCCGAUAACGUGCCCAAUUUCUUUGCCCAUUAAAUCAAAUAAGCCGCGUUCAACAAAUUCAACAAAAAUAGGCAACAUUAAAACAAAAACAGGGUUAAUACAAAUAUAUAAACCAAAGUUAACUGCCAGGCUUUAAUUCACAGUCUGCCGCUUUAAUAAUACAAAGCACUUUGAUUUUCAUUGACAAAUCAGGACUGAUAAAAAGUUAAAUGAUAGACCACAUUUGACAUUACACAAAAAAUUUAUUAUUUCAAAGCUUUUUUCCUUUUUUUUUUUUUUUUUUUUUUUAAACUUUGAUUUUUUUUUUCUAUUUUGUUUUGUAAAGGAGAUUGGAGACAUGUUCUAGUAAAUGAUAAUAUAUUCAUAGAAAUUUACAUGAGAAGUUCUGUAUUCACGUUUCUAAAUGCACUCAGUAUUUCACACACACACAAAAAAAAAACAAACAAACAAACAAAAAAAAAGCAUCUCCACUGUACUGUCUCCAAUGGCAUGGAAAUGGAUUUAAAAAAAAAAAGUGUUAAUAAAACAAUUAAAAAAAAAAAAAAAAAACAU